GGGGUGGAGUCUUAUUCCAGCCUAGUUUCACUUUCCGCGUGUCCCGCUUUUCGCUCCCGGCCGUGCGCGUCCCGCGGUUCCCUCUGCGUCCUCGGCCAUGCCCUUUUCGUGGGCACAGCUCUGGCCUCCCCUACCCCCCAGACAGCGGGGCGAGGCGGCCAGUGGACAGAGGCUGAUCGAGGCGUAGCUGAUGCCCCCAAGCUAAGAUGCCAACGUCGAGGGGAUCUUUCCCAGCUGCCUUGAUUCUGCGUGAACUGGGGGUGGCGGGAAGGAUGACCACGCUCACGCGACAGGAUCUCAACUUUGGGCAAGUGGUGGCCGAUGUGCUCUGCGAGUUCCUGGAGGUGGCCGUGCACCUAAUCCUCUACGUGCGCGAGGUCUACCCGGUGGGCAUCUUCCAGAAGCGUAAGAAGUACAACGUGCCUGUCCAGAUGUCCUGCCACCCGGAGCUGAACCAGUAUAUCCAGGACACACUGCACUGUGUCAAGCCACUCCUGGAGAAGAAUGAUGUGGAGAAAGUCGUGGUGGUAAUUUUGGACAAAGAGCACCGCCCAGUGGAGAAAUUCGUCUUUGAAAUCACCCAGCCUCCACUGCUGUCCAUCAGCUCAGACUCUCUGCUGUCGCAUGUGGAGCAGCUGCUCCGAGCCUUCAUCCUGAAGAUCAGUGUGUGUGAUGCUGUCCUGGACCACAACCCCCCAGGCUGUACCUUCACAGUCUUAGUGCACACAAGGGAAGCUGCCACUCGCAACAUGGAGAAGAUCCAGGUCAUCAAGGACUUCCCCUGGAUCUUGGCAGAUGAGCAGGAUGUCCACAUGCAUGACCCCCGGCUGAUACCCCUAAAAACCAUGACGUCAGACAUUUUAAAGAUGCAGCUCUACGUGGAAGAGCGGGCUCAUAAAAGCAGCUGAGGGUGUGCCUGCCACCCAUGGAUGCCACGACUGUCGGAUGUUAGGGGCCCCAGCCCAGGGCAGCGCUGCAGGGCCACCCUGACUGCAAGUGCUCUUACUGCCUGUGUGUGGACCGCCCUGCUCCAGCCCGGGGCUGCUCAGGUCUGGUUGCCUUCACUGAGGGAUUCUCCCCAGGAGGGCAGGGAAGGUGUGGGACCACAAUGCCUCAGCCUCCUGGGGUUUGGCCGGCCAACUCUGUCUGUCCCAAGUACUGUGCUGUGAGUUGUUUCAAUAAAAGGGCCCCAAGGGCUGA